AUGGAACGAGCGAGCUCAUCGCAGACCACCAGCUCGCCGAGAGAACCUGAGAGUGUCUUUAUCGCCAACACACCUUCAAACGUCCAAGUGAUAGACUUGAGAAAUGUUGAGGAGAAAGACCGCACUGUUAAUCGACGCUUACGCUCGAUCCAUGUUUUUAUGAUCACUAUCAGCGGUGUCCUUGGUGCCGGACUCUAUGUGAACAGCGGUUCCAUUCUCCGGAUUGGCGGACCGUCCGCAGUCCUUAUAUCCUUCACGGUCCUCGGCUUGUUGGCUUGGUCGGUGAUGCAGUGUCUGGGGGAGAUGCUCGCCCUGUGGCCUAUCUCUGGCGCGCUAAUCGAGUUCGUUGGGACGUUUGUCGACGAAGAUCUAGGUACCACCGUUGGAGCUGCAUAUUGGUUCGCUUACUCGAUCAACUUCGCUGCUCUCAUCAUUGCGGCUGCCGAAGAAAUGAACUACUGGAACCCUGGAAAGGCUAUCGAAGGAACAAUCAUGUUCUUUCUCAUCCCUACCUUCUUAGUCCUCUUCAACAGCUUCGGGGUACAUCUGUAUGGUCUUACUGAAGUGGUCGGUGGAUCCCUGAAGCUGCUCGGCGUUUUGGUCGUCAUUGUCUCCAUGAUCUUGAUCAAUGUUGGAGUCGGAUCCGGGAAGAAUCUCGGUACAACAUACUACAAACAUGGUCCUAUGUUUCCACAUGAACGUGAAAUUGCUGAUAACUGGGUGACUGCGCUAUUCAUUUCUUUUUCCAUCGCAGCCUUUGCCUACGUCGGUGUGGAAAUCACGGCCGCCACUGCCAUGGAAGCGCGGAUCGACCACCAGAAUCAAGACGAUGAACAUACUGGUAGCCUUCAACAGGACCGCAAGGCCACACCCGCCGAUCUAGUGUCGGUGCGUUUCUCAUCUACCUGGAUCAGCUUUAUUGCCUGGCUCCUCUAUUUUGUCUCUGGUUUUCUUUUGACCUUGAAUAUCCAAUGGAACGAUAUCCGCCUUCCCCGGAUAAGUUGGGCUUCAACGAAGGGCACGGCAACGGCACAGAGCACAGGCCCGUCAAACCCAGACUCUGGAUUUGUCGUCAGUGCAUACCUAUCCAAGGUCCCAGGUCUUGCAAACAUGUUUACUAUUGUUUUGAUGAUCACCGCUCUGACAGCCGCGAAUACAAAUCUGUAUGUUGCUUCACGGACUCUUUUCGGACUGACUCGCAAGAUUGAUGGCGCCCGGUGGAAGUGGCUUGGGUUUUUUGGACGUACCAACAGAUACCAGGUGCCUGUGAGGGCGAUGUUCAUCUCUUGCUUCUUCAUCUGGGUGCCCUUCCUCUAUCUUUCCGAAAGUACCACUAUAACCACUCUUCUGGAAAUCCUAUCACAGAUUGGGUCUGUCAGCUGCCUCAUCGUCUGGUCAUGUGAAUGCUGGGCCUAUAUCCGUUUUUAUAACUGCAUGUAUCGACAUCGGGAUGAACUCAGGGAAAAACCACAAUACCAACACGUGUGUCGGUUUCGCCGCGAUGGUCCGGUCGACACUUAUCCCUGGCGUUCGCAUGGUCAGCCUCUCACCAUGUACGCCGCCCUGUUUGGGUGUUUAUUCAUCCUUGUUGUGUGCAACGGCGCCGUUCUCUGGAAUGGGUUCCACUACAAGGCCUUUCUAGCAGAGUACUUUGCCCCCCUGGCAUUUCUAGCACUCUGGCUCUUUCUAAAGAUCUAUCGAUCCGGCGGCUGGCGCUACGUCAACUGGAGGCUCGAAGAUCUCUCCAAUAUCAACGUCGUGCAGGACAAGAUCGACCGGCUAGACGACAUCCGGCACCGUGCCACAGCCAGAGAUACCUAUCAGGAGCAGCCGGGCUGGGGAAACCUAUGGGGGCUUUUUUAA